UUCCACCUGAUUAUGUUUUUCUUUAUAUAAUGGCGAUAAAUUGGAUUCAACAUUGAUCAAUAAAUACUAACGGUUUACCAAUGUUUUAUUAAAAACAGAACGAAGGAAGUAUAACUUUUAACAAAAUUUGCAUUCUUAUAUAUCCUUUUGCUCUCCCUCCCUGUCUUGAGUCUUUCACAUUCACCACUUUACUUAUAUUGAGGAAAGAAAGAUAAUAAUGGCUGUGGACUACUACUCAUACAAUCAUAAUGAACAUAAAGUAGAUGAAGAAGAAGAAGGAGAAGAUGAUUACAUAGAUAUGGAAGUGAGCACAUUUGCAAACUUAUUUUCCUACUCUAGAAACACCAUCUUGUCAUCUCCGCAACACCCUCGUGAAUUCGAGUUCCAAAUGUCGUCGACGAUGACGAAUAACGUUGAGAUAGAAUCUACAACAUCUCCAGCUGAUGAGCUUUUUUACAUGGGUAAGCUACUCCCUCUACACCUCCCACCUCGCUUACAAAUGGUUGAAAAACUUCUACAAGAUUCAACCCCUAAAAACUUUAAUGAGUUUUACAGCACUCCUUUGGGUACAAAUACUGCAACUACUCCUACAGCAAAUACGCCUUUCGAAUCAUGCAACAUUUCGCCUGCUGAAUCCUGUCAGGUUAGCAGGGAACUUAACCCUGAAGAUUAUCACAAGGAAUUCUUUGGUGAUAAUAAUAAUAAUGUGAAGAAAUCUUGGACUAAAAAACUCAAAAUUAAACUUAAGUCCUUGUUUGGAAAAUCUUCUGAUGAAGUUUGUUCUUCAUCAGCAAAGGUUGAUGAUUUCAGGAAAUCGAUUAAGAAAAACCCAUGCAGUGAAGUUUCAGAGGUUGUUUCUCAAGAAAGAUUUGACAAAAAAAAUGAUACCACUAAAGAAGUGAAAAUUUGUCAUAGGAGAUCAUUUUCUGGGGCGUUUAAACGUCGUUCAUCAGCCACUACUACUAAAUUAUCUACAUCGUCUUCAUCAUCCUCGUCUUCAUCUAAUGCUUCAAUGAAUCAAUCAACCGUGUUGAAUGAUUUACCGUUCCUUAAGAGAAGCAGCAGCGCGAAUUCGGAGAUUGAGACAUCGUUAAUCCAAGGAGCUAUUGCUCAUUGCAAGCAGUCAUCAAAACAAGUAAGUCAAUCUCAAAAGACAUUGAGUGAAGUUGGUUGUCAUUCAUUUCCUUCUUCCAGGUUUUCUGCUGCUCUUGAUGAUCAAACAAGCCUUUGCAGGGGUUGAAAUAACAAAACAAAACAAGUAAAUUUAGAAAGUAUCAUGUAACUUAUUAUGUAAUGAUGCUUGUACUAAUUUGAUAUAGUUUUUUUUGGCUCAUUACAUAAUUGAUUAGCAAACUGAAAGAGUUUGAUUUACCUUUGAUUGUGAUUAUUUUCUCAUUUAACUUUUGUGCUCUUAUUAAUACUUCACCAAACAUUCAUGACUUUCAGUGUACUUGAUGCAAUUCAUUAGUUAAAAGAUUCUCAUCAUACAUUUUAAUCA